UUUUCCCUCCAAAAACGUGGCCGAGAUGUCCAAGGGAUCUGCAGCGGCGCACGCCGACGAGCAUGGAAGCGACGUCGAAGAAACAGCACAGGAGCGUGUGAUUGCAGAAGAGUACAAGAUCUGGAAGAAGAACACGCCGUUCCUGUACGACCUCGUCAUGACGCACGCACUGGACUGGCCGUCGUUGACUGUGCAGUGGUUGCCGACGGUGCACACGAGCAACGGCAACGACUACUCGAGCCACAAACUGCUUCUUGGAACACACACGGACGGUGAGUCGCAAAACUACUUGAUGGUGGCGGAAGUCCGUUUGCCGUUGGAAGACACCGAGAUCGACGCGCGCAACUACGACGACGACACGUCCGAAUUGGGCGGGUUUGGUGGCGCGUCCGGGAAAGUCGAAGUUCAAAUCAAGAUUAACCAUGACGGCGAAGUAAAUCGUGCGCGGUACAUGCCCCAGAACGACCUGAUUGUCGCGACCAAGACGGUGUCGUCGGAGGUGUACAUUUUCGACAUCUCCAAGCACCCGUCGACACCGGCCGACGGAUCGGGCUGCAAUCCCGACUUUCGAUGCGUCGGGCACACGAAAGAAGGGUACGGAUUGUGCUGGGACCCGCACCAGUCGCACCACUUGAUCAGCGGGUCCGACGACGGCGUUGUGUGCGAAUGGGACGUUGCGCACGCUAGCAAGGUCGUGAAGCCGUUGAACAAGUACGCGGGCCACACGGACGUGAUUGGGGACGUGGCAUGGCACAUGCACCACCAAAAGUUGUUUGGGUCUGUCGGCGACGACAAGAAGCUCUUGAUUUGGGACAUGCGCGUCAAGAGCUACGACAAACCGUUGACGUCCGUGAACGCCCACGACGCGCCCGUCAACAGCUUGGCGUUCAGUCCAUUCAGCGAGUACUUGCUCGCGACGGGCUCUUCCGACAAGACGGUGAAUCUGUGGGACAUGCGAAACCUGAGCUCCAAGCUCCACACGUUUGCCGGCCACAGCGAAGACGUGCACCAAGUCGAGUGGUCCCCACACAACGAGACGAUCUUGGGGUCGUGUUCGCAGGACCGUCGGCUGCACGUGUGGGACUUGAGCAAGAUCGGCGAGGAGCAGAGCGCCGAGGACGCCGAGGAUGGGCCACCCGAGUUGUUGUUUAUUCACGGAGGCCACACCGCCAAGGUGUCGGAGUUUUCGUGGAACCCGAACGAUCCAUGGGUCGUCGCGUCCGUAUCGGAAGACAACAUCUUGCAGAUCUGGCAAAUGGCCGAGAACAUUUACAACGAGGAGGAAGAAGAGGACGUCGCAGACGACGCACUCGAAUAGAAACACACCCACUCACGUUGCACAAUGUCAUGUACAUGAUCCUCACGUCCGACGACGACGGACGGCGGCGCGAGCAGCCAACGGAACCGCAAGAAGACGUCCUUGUAGCAGAGCUCCAGCAGCUCGUGUAGAACGAUGCCACUUCGCAACAAUACACCCAGACGCAGAGGUCUACCGCGUAGAGCACGCGAAAGACGUCCGUCCAAGCUGGCUCCACGUAACACGACGCGCAGCCCUCUCUCCA